GAAUUCAAACAGUUUACAAAAAGUAAAGUUAUCUGCUGACACAUCUAUCUGAUUUUUUUUUUAGAACUUCAUCAGUGGCGAGAGAUACUGAUGAUAAAUCCAAUGAUGGCUGUGAACCCUUUAUUGACAGCAUCAGGGCAGCAGAGGAUCCCACUGGUUCCUUCACCAUUUGAACCUCCAAGUGUGGAUAGAGAUUUAUUGCCUCCCACUGUAGCUCCAACUGACCCAAGGCAGUUUUGUAUUCCUUCCCAAUUUGGAUCCUCUGCUCUACCAAAUGCAAAUGUGCCGAACAUGCUGUCCAGUCACGUCUACUCAGGUUGGGGCAUUUUGCCACCAGAAUCCAUAAAGGCAAUGGCUAGAAGGAAUGAAAUGAUUCAAAGGCAGCAUACUGCCAGGAUGGAAAUGGAAAUGCAUGCCAUUUACCAGCAAAGGAGAAUAGAGAAAGUUAAUUCCAAGAGACUAGCAGGCCUAGGGAUGCCAUUCCUCUAUGGCCCCAGUACCCCAGCUGGCCCAGCCACCUACCAUGGCAGGGGCGUGCUCCCUGCCGGGGACCUGCAUUUUCACAGAAGCACCCUGAGAAACCUUCAGGGAAACCCCAUGGUAGUGGCAACUAGUCCACGCUUUCUAGAGAACUGGGGGCAGAAAUGUCGUCGUCUCAGGAGAGGUACAGGGAGCCAGAAGAUUCUAGACAGUGAUACCGAGAAUUCCAAAAGUCAAGUAGAAGAAAAACCCGUAGGCCAGACUCACACAGUUCCCUAUGAAGAGGACGACUAUGCAAAAGACCCAGAAACGGACCCUCUCAGCAAUCAGAAGUUGGGUGAAGCCGUUGAAAAGCCAGCUACAGCUCUUGCCAACACCUGUGGAGAGCUGGAGCCCGGCCACAGAAAGCACUGGGGAGCUCAUGGCGCUCCCCUGGAAGAAAAGGCCUGGGCUGAUGGGAAAGAGAAGCCUUCAGAGCAGGUGUUUGCAGCCUGUGUUGAAAAGAAUGGGGUUUCCCCUCCAGUUCCUCGACCAUCUCUCCCAGGAACACAUGUGCUGCUUACAAUCAAGGAAGAUCUAUCUUUGGAUGAAGAUAUUCAGAAAUGGACCGUGAAUGAUGUAUACAACUUCAUCAGUGGCCUUCCAGGUUGCUCAGACUAUGCUCAGGUAUUUAAAGAUCAUGCAAUUGAUGGAGAAACUUUGCCAUUACUCACAGAGGAGCACCUUCGAAGUACUAUGGGAUUAAAGUUAGGGCCAGCACUAAAGAUCCAAUCACAGGUAUCUCAGCAUAUGGAAAGUAUGUUCUAUAAGAAAAGCCUUUCACUUCCUACCCACACAAAAGAGGCAUUCAAUCAACCGGCAGAUACAUCCCCACUUUUGGAUCUUAAUUCCUGGAAUGAUACACUGGACAUUCCUUGUUCCCAGGAUAUGAUUAUUCCUAGAGGAACUGAGCAAGAUAGUAUGAGAAAUUAAAACCCCCAAGGAGCAAGGACAGUGUUAAUCAGUUUUCCAAAAAGUCUAGGAUAUUCUGAAGGGUGUGUGAGGGUUUCCUAAGACCAGAGGGAGGCUGAGAGGGAGAGAAAGCCCACCCUCCUGAGCUGUCCUAGAGGCAGCUUUGCCCAGGUUUCCUGAAGUGACCUCAGUGCAAAGUGGCUGGAGACGUAUCCUUGGAAGUAAAUGCUAAAUGAAGAGGAGCAUUUGCAAACAUCAAGGAAGCUACAGUUGGAUGUUUCCAUGAGGAAAUCUGUGCAGAAGCCAAAAGAGCCAAGACUGGAAAAAAAGAGCUCCUUGCUUCUCCUCACUCUGUUCCCAUCUCUCAACCAAGGGAGAAACAAAGGCAACCCAGCGGAGCCGGAAGGAGGCAGAGGAGAAGGUGGAGAAGGACAAAACAGAGAAACAGAGGAGCUGGCCCCAAGGCCCCCACUUUUCUCAUUGCAGGCUUCCAGCCUGAAGGAGGCCCGUGCUAGGAGGAGACAGAAGCUUUAAAAACCUUAAAGUUCGCAGUUUGAUUGUUACUCAACAUUCUCCUUCUGAUACGAAACCGUGUUGUGACUAAAAACAACUGGAGGACUUCUUAUCUGAAAGGAAGGUGAAAAGGCACAGUAACCUUCCUCUCCCUGGGGCAGGGGCAGAGUAUCUCCACAGUCAGGUUUGAACUGGCAGGAUGGAGGGGACACGGUGGUGACUGCUUUCUGCUCAUACCCUGUUUGAACUUCACAUUUAACAGAACGCCUCGGAAAGGAUCCACAGGAAACUGAUAAGAGUUUGCUCAAGGAGGGGACUGGGUGACAGGGGUGUGAGGGAGACUUCUUCCUAUAUACCCUCUGGUACAUUUUUAACUUUUAACAAUGAGAAUGUAUUUUCUAUUUUUAAAAUUUACAUUUAAAAUAAACUGUAGUAAGCAGCCUCUAAGAUGGCCACCAGUGACGCCCCUGCUUCCUGGUGUUCAUACCCUGUGAAAUCUCCCCUUUGGGAUGGGCUGGACUGAGGACUCCUUUCUGAUGGAUGGUAUGGAAGACAAGACGGGAUGUCACUUCUGUGGUUUCUGUCUUGAGUGCUUGCUCUCUCUGUCUUUGGAUUACUCGCUCUGGAGGAAGCCAGUUUCUAUGUCUCCAGGCAGCCCUGUGGAGAGGCCCACAUGAUUGAACUUGGAAAUGGAUCUACUGAGGCUGCCAAAAGCCACAUGAGGGAACUGGAAGGUGGCUCCUCCCCAAGUCAGGCCCUGAGAUGACUCUCCAGCUCCUGCUCACAGCUUGAUGGCAGCCUCCGCGGGCCACCCUGAGUCCGAGGCCCUCAGCUAAGCCCCUCCUGGAUUCCUGACCCACAGAAACUGAGAUAAUAAGUAUGUACUAUUUCUAGCCACUAAUGGGAUAAUUUGUCUCUUAGCAAUAGAUACCUAAAACAAAAAAUUGCAUGGAUAAACAUAUAGCAUGCUUCCCACAUUCACUUUUUGAUCUGAAAAGUGGACUUUUGAAGUCAUUUCCUCACAAGCCAUGCUAAUUUCAUUGAUGUUUGCUUUCUUUCAUUUUUAAUAUGAAAACAACAGAGUUUUUCUGACAUAAAAUUAUACUAUCAAAUGGUCCCUUUGAGGGGAGAGAAGGGAAGAAAGAGAAAGGAAAAGGAGGGACGGAGUAGGAGAGAGAGGCUUGGGGAGAGAAAUGAUCCCUUCAGAUUUCAGAAGUUUAAGAAUUGUUUUGUCACAUGACCUUUCACCUUCUAUAAUUCCCAGCGUAUAGACGUUUCACAAGGUGCCAAAUGUGAGUUACAGAUGUUAUGCUGGGGGAUAAAAAGAAAGCCUAAUUGAUACUUUUAGUGGCAAAGAGAUCAUGUGGUUCAAUCCAUACAAAGGCUUUUGAAUUUCUUAUCCCUGCUAAAGGAGUCAAUUGAAUUGGUAACGGAUUCACUUGAACAGAUGUGUCUCAGUGUGGUUUUAAAGAAAGUGUUCUGAUAUGCCAUCCCGGCAUGUACUAUCACCAAAAAAAAAAAAAAGCACUGUGCUUAAUUGUAGAACAAUGCAUUAAUUAAACAAAGCAAAACAAAACAAAAAUACAUAAAGGAGGCUCUCCCCAGCCCUCAGAACUCUUCUUUGGAAGAAAAGGAGAUUGAAAUUGCUUAUCUGUACUAAGAUUGUCUUUUCCCAGAUUCACAACUCUAGGAUACCUUUUAAAAAAUGACUCCCUUUUCUAAUAAAAAUUAUCUUCAAAGGUGAAAAUUUUGCUCACAUUAUCAUAUAGAAAUAGUUUUCCACUUUUCUGCAAAUGCAACUUUAGUCUUGAGCACACUCUGCAUCCUUUGUGAGAGUAAAACAAAGAACAGCAGCAAAGACAAAAAAAUUCUUAUGUUUGAAAACCAAUCACAAUAAGAAUGUAUUUGCUAAAUAGGGUUUUCUGAUUUAUGAGACAUUCUGUUUAGACAGACUGAAUAAACAUUCACAUGGUGGAGUACUAUGCAGCUGUUCCUCUAGCAAAGUAUUUCAGCUAUUAAAAAGCAAUGAUAGAAUUCAAACAUCACCAUUUUGCACCCCUAAAAACUAAAGGAUCUAAACAAUGAUCAUAAAUGACUGUUAACACCACAAAAAGAGAAACAACCAGACAUUCCUCCUUAUGGAAGCCCAUGAAACAAUUAAAAAAAUAGCAAAAUCCAAACUGUGGGAAACCAGAUAGUAGAAAUGACCCGAUUUUCUCCAACAAAUAAAUUGCAAUGAAAAACAGAGAAAGGGAAAAGGAAAGCCAAUAGAUUAAAAGAUACUAAAGAUUCAAAUCACCCAGAUGUAAAAGCUUUAGAAACAGAUGUUGAUGGUGGCAAAGCAUUGUGAAUAUAAUUAAUGCCACUAAAUUGCACACUUAAAAAUGGUUAAAAUCACAAAGUUUAUGUUAUAUAUAUGUAUAUACAUAUUCUCCCACAAUAAAAAAUUUUAAAGAUCCAUAUCACCCAGUACAAUUAAUUGGGUGCAUAUUGAAUACACUGUAAAAAAGAAUUGGAGAAAUUUGAACACAAUUGGGGAUAUUCAGUGCUAUUAAAGAAUUACUCUCUGUUUUUUAGAUGUGAUAAUAGUGACAUUUUUAUUAGUGGUAAGAACAUUUAACAUGAAAUCUUUCCUCUUAACAAAAUUCUAAGUGCGCAAUGUGAUAUUGUUAAGGUACGAUGCUGUGCAGCGGGUCUCUAGAACUUACCUAAGUUUUUUAAAAUUUCUUGUCUCUUAGAAAUCUAUAUUGAAAUAUAUACAGACAAAAAUAAUAUAUAUUGGAUCUGGGAUUUGAUUUUGCCUUACCUACAAUCUAAUAAAUUAUCCACUUACUAUUUUAU